AUGCAUUGCAAGUUUGCAAUCAGAGGCGGCGGCCAUAUGUGGUGGGCUGGCGCUGCUAAUAUACAGGAUGGUGUCACAAUCGAUCUUAGCUCGCUCAAUGAGACAAGACUCUCUUCUGAUAGGAAGAUUCUGGCUCUUGGUGCCGGGACACGCUGGAUAGAUGCUUAUCGCGUACUGGACCCUAUGGGAUUAAGCAUUACGGGUGGUCGCGUUUGGAAAGUUGGUGUGUGGGGGGACUUACGCUUGGUGGUCGUUCUGGCUUCUGGCGAGAUCGUCAAUGCGAAUAUCUCAUCAAAUCCUCGACUAUUCAAGGCGCUCAAAGGAGGUGGCAACAACUUCGGCGUCAUUACAAGAUUUGACUUUAAGACCUUCGAGCAAGGAGCCAUCUGGGGUGGCUUUGUAAUCUCCCCUUGGAACUCAAGUGUGCAAUUGAACCAGCAGCUACAGGCGCUCGAAAAGUUCGGCAACGACUCCGAAAGAGGAUUAGAUGAUUAUUCGACGGUCGAGAAUGUCUACGUCUUUGGCCCCAGCGGUCCGUCACAGAUUGCCAACAUCCUUGUCAACACAAAUGCGGUAGCGAGACCUCCAAUACUAGCAGACUUCACUGACGUGAAGGCUCAGACGACCAAUACUGUGGGGAUGACCAACAUCUCGAGUCUUGCACUUCAGACUGGAACAGGACCCGGCAUCGAAAAUGGUGGACGCUACAUUUGGGCAUCUGCCACCUACCCAAACAACGCCACCACGCUUGCAAAAAUUGUGUCCCUCUGCCAGGAGUCAUUCUAUGGCCACGGCAAACCUCCAACAUAUCCAGGAUUCAGCCUCCAUCCCGUCAACAAGAGUCAGCAGAACACCGUUUGGAUGAACUUCGCCGUCACCUCAACCGGCGCGGACGCCGAUGAGGCUAUUGUCAAUGCUACUGAAACGUUCCUGCGCAAAGCUCGCGAGUACUGUCAGGAGCAGAACCAGUAUGAACCUUUUGUGUAUUCAAAUUAUGCGCUACCAAGCCAAGACGCUGUUGCUUCGUAUGGGACGGAAAAUCAGGCGUUCUUGAGGGCUGUGGCGAGGGAGUAUGAUCCACAGGAGGUUUUCCAGAAGCUUGUGCCUGGGGGGUUUAAGUUGUAUAGGAGGGGAAAGACUUGCUGUUAA